GCAGGGUCUUCCGCCAUGAGAAAAAAUGGCAGAACGGGAAUCCAGUGCGCAUGAACGGAUCUCUGUGGAGCGCUGAAUUGGAGAACUGAGGAGAGGGCAGCAGGUAUUGGAGGUAUUGGGCCCCUCACUGGCGCAGACACCCCCCGACCGAACUACUGGACUGGAUAGGUUGGAAGCUUCUGAUGUAGAACUGCACAGAGAGAUGAAGGGGCAGCAGAAAGUGGCGGAUAUUGAAGAAGGAAGUGUGCGGGUGCAGGAGGGAGCUGUAGCAACAGGGGAAGAUCCCACCAGUGUAGCAAUCGCCAGUAUCCAAUCAGCUGCCACAUUCUCUGAUCCCAAUGUCAAAUACGUGUUCCGCACGGAGAAUGGGGGGACACAGGUGAUGUAUCGAGUUAUACAGGUGGCAGAGGGGCAGCUGGAUGGGCAGACAGAGGGCACCGGGGCUAUUAGUGGCUUCCCGGCCACCCAAUCCAUGAGCCAGGCUGUGAUCCAGGGGGCAUUCACCAGCGAUGAUGCCGGAGAGACUGAUGCGUCGGGGCCAGAGACUCACUACACCUACUUUCCCACCACAGUCACAGACUCCAGCACUUCCACUGUAGUGACCACCCACACCACUGACACUCUCAUAGGACAGGCCGGAUCCACGGCCCCGGGUCAGUUCUAUGUGAUGAUGUCACCACAAGAUGUUCUACAGGGAGGGUCCCAGAGGUCCAUAGCACCCAGAACUCAUCCAUAUUCUCCAAAGUCCGAUGGCCCACGAACUACUCGAGAUGACAAAAGACGAGCGCAGCACAAUGAGGUGGAACGGCGCCGUCGGGACAAAAUCAACAACUGGAUCGUUCAGCUGUCUAAAAUCAUCCCUGACUGCUCUAUGGAGAGCACCAAAUCCGGGCAGAGCAAAGGCGGCAUUUUGUCCAAGGCCUGCGACUAUAUCCAGGAAUUGCGACAGAGCAACCUGCGCCUCUCGGAGGAACUGCAGAAUGUGGACCAAUUGCAAAUGGACAAUGAGUUGCUCAGGCAGCAGGUGGAAGAUCUUAAAAACAAAAAUCUGAUCCUUCGGACCCAGCUGCGCCAUCAUGGGGUGGAGAUCAUCAUUAAAAGCGAUGGGCGAUGAAUGGAGCGAUGUGAGCCGACGGGAGACCCCAAAACUAACUCUUGCCCAAUUGAACGUCUCCUUGGUUCCCCCAGCUUCCUUUUCUAUUGGUGCUUUGCCCAUUUCUACAAUAAUGUAAAUAUUGUGUGUGAGCAAUAAGAUGGGAGGAGCCUGGUGUUUUGUGGGCGGUGCCAGAACAUCACUAUCCUUCUCCAUGCUUGGGAAUGGGUUGUAUAAUGUGUAUAUUUGUCUGUUUUCUAUGUCACACUUGCCCCCACCCCCCCCUUUUUUUUUUUUUGAGGACAAAUGUUAUCCUUCGCUUUAUGUUCGGGUUCUGUCCAUACUUUUCUGUUUGCUUUGGAAAGACCCUCAGGGGCCAAAGAAGAAAAUCCACCCACGGUGCCAUCUACUUUCUGUUGCCAGUUCCAUAGCCACACUGGGACCCUAAUCAAAUGGACUAUUUUAGUCUUCCACAACUUCAUUGGCAUUCCUGCAAGUGGCAGUUGUACAUUGGGCACCUUGUCUUGCUUCCCUGAAGGCCAGAGUGUUGCCCAGAUGAGACUUGUAGGACCAGCUGGGGCCCCACCACUCUCCUCUCUCCUUGUGCCAGCGUGGCUGCUGGGUAUUUAAUAAACAAGUAAUACUCUCA